CAGUGCCCCACAUCAUCUCAGCUCUUACUGGGGUUUUUCCCUUCCCAUCAGGUUCCAGCACUGACCCCUUGGCGCUAUGGGGCUCAUUGUGGUUGUGCUGCUGCUGGUGGCUGUGACCCCCGGCUGGGGGCUGCGUGUCAACGUCACUGAAGUGCGGACGUGCCCCAGACUCCACCUGAGCCUUGAGAACGGCCGCGUGGUCCCGAUGGGGAUGGACCAUAUUAAAGAAGGUUCCCGGGUCCCCGUGGAAGGUUCAUGGGCCGAGUUCAGCUGCGACCCCGGGUUCAGGCUGGUGGGCAGCGACCGCAGCGACUGCACCCGCAGCGGGACGUGGAGCCACCCCAAACCCGUCUGCGAGAGUGAGGAGGGGAUAUGGGGGGGAUAA